UGUUGACCACGCUCGCUUUGCCCCGGACAAGGCUCGGCCUCAGACUGGCGCAGUCGAAUUGGCCCCUUCGCUCUUGAUUGGCGAUAUGCAGCCACGCACCAGCUCAGCAACGCCACAAAGGUCGCAGGAUUCUCAGCUUAUGGAAGCAAGUCUCAUUUUUUCCUCAGACCUCCGACUAAACAAAAAUCCUCGACGACGGGCUGAACAAUACGAGUUCCGCGAAUCCCUAUAACCGCAGCGAAGCAAGACGGGUGAGAAAUCACGCACAGCAAAGGAGUUGUCGACGACGAUCUCAACUCCACUCCCAAAUCAAAUAUAAUCUCCCAUUGGUUGCUGGGAGCAUCUUCACCUGCUCCAUUUGGGCUGAGAAAGACUCCAAGGGAGCAACUGUUUACUGACUUCUCGCAUAACUAAUCCCAACCCUAAUAAGGCUCGGUAUCUCACCGACAGCCUGUUCUUUGCCAGGUUCCACCGGCACCGCAUCAACACCGGAUCGACGGUGCCUCCCGAGUAUAAGACCCUCUUCCAUCUCGGCCACCGUAGCCUCACGGGCAAUUUCCCACCCUGGAGACCUCGAAACGGCUAAGUCACAUCUACCUCCGGUCUCUGAGUCGAAGUCGAAGCCGGUCCAGAUCUGUGUCCCCCAUGCCGUCUGACAACAACGCGGACAAGGUCGUCCUGAUCUCCGGAAUCAAUGGGUACAUCGCGACGCACAUAGGCCUGCAGCUUCUCCAAAAGGGGUACAGGGUCAGGGGCACAUCGCGGUCGAUAUCGGCCAAGGACCAUCUGCUGGCCGGCGCCUUCAAGGGGUAUGAAUCCCAGUACGAGCAUGUCGAGGUCAAGGACAUUGUCGCGCCGGGCGCCUUCGACGAGGCGGUCAAGGGCGUGCACGCGAUCCUUCACACCGCCUCUCCCGUCGACUUCACGCUGAAGACGGUGGACGAGUUCUUCGGCCCGGCCAUUGGGGGCAACCUGUCGAUCCUGGAAUCCGCAAAGAGCGCCGCGGGCCCGCAGCUGAAGGCGUUCGUGGUCACGUCGUCCAUCGCCGCGAUCGUGGACCGGUGGAGGCAGCCCGCCGACCACGCGUACAGCGAGGCCGACUGGAACGAGAUGGGCGAGUCGGUGGCGCGGCGCGAGUUCACGGCGCCCGUGGCAUACGGGGCGUCCAAGGCCGCCGCGGAACGGGCGGUGUGGAAGUGGGUGGAGGCCAACCAUCCUGCCUUCGCCGUCGCCGCCGUCAACCCGGCCGUCGUGACGGGCCCGCCGGUGUCCUGGCCCGCCACGCCCGACCAGCUCAACACCACCCUCCUGCCCAUCUGGAACAUCUACAGCGGCGGCCAGGUCAUGCCCCCGCAGAUCGGCGGCGCCGGGUAUAUCGACGUGCGCGACGUGGCCCGCAUGCACAUCUGGGCCAUGGAGCACCCGGCCCAGAGCAACGGCGAGCGCUACCUCAUGUCCAACGGCAAGGCCCCGCCCCAGGCCGCUGCCGACCUCCUGCGCGACCGCUUCCCCGACCGCGACAUCAUCGUCGGCGACCCCGGCCAGGGCUACACCCCCGACUACUGGUUCGUGUCGGGCGAGGCCAGCAGCGUCUCCACCAAGGCGUACAAGGCGCUCGGGGUCAGGAGGUUCAUCACGUACGACCAGAGCGUCCUCGACACGGUCGACGCGUUUGAGAAGCACUGGCCGGGCCUGGCGCAGAACUUCAAGCACAAGAACUAGAUUUCGGGAGAGGCGAUUGGCGGGGUCUACGGGGCUGACCAAAAAAAGCUGGGGGUUUUCUUCAUCUCAAUAUUUUCGGGCAUGUAUAUUUGCGAAAACAGGCAUAGAUAGUUCUGGCACUAGCGGGCGAAUAACGAAUGAACCCCAUCUAACCUUGAUUGGCGGCUUCAGGAACAACACAGCGCAGCAAAAAGUGCGCCCAGCCCUGAAAGCCCCGGCUCCUUUUCCAGUGAAUACCACGGUGGUGACCAUGCGGACGUGGCAUGCGGCUGAUGUGACGGGCCGCGAAGCCAUCCAGCUGGCCUGGCAUCGGCAACGUGUGGACCCGAUGGAGGUCCUUUAUAUAGAGCUGAGGCUGAAAGUCGAACCAGAGCAAAAGACCUUCGGUCGUUGGUGGAGGCGAU